AUGACAGCAGAAGAAACCAUCAAUGUGAAGGAGGUGGAGAUCAUCAAGGUGGUCUUGGACUUCCUCCACUCCAGGAAGCUGCACAUCAGCAUGCUCGCUCUGGAAAAGGAGAGCGGUGUCAUCAACGGACUCUACUCAGACGACAUGCUUUUCCUCCGGCAGUUGAUCCUUGAUGGCCAGUGGGAUGAGGUCCUUCAGUUCAUUCAGCCUCUGGAGUGCAUGGAGAAGUUUGACAGAAAAAGGUUUCGUUACAUCAUCCUAAAGCAGAAAUUUCUUGAGGCUCUGUGUGUGAAUAACGCCAUGUCAGCAGAAGAUGAGCCUCAGCAUUUGGAGUUCACCAUGCAGGAAGCAGUGAAGUGUCUCCACGCUCUGGAGGAGUUCUGCUCCUCUAAAGAUGAUUACAGCAAACUGUGUCUGCUCCUCACACUGCCCCGCCUCACCAACCAUGCUGAGUUCAAGGACUGGAACCCGAGCACAGCCAGGGUGCAGUGUUUUGAGGAGGCCUGCAACAUGGUGGCAGAGUUCAUCCCGGCAGACAGGAAGCUGAGUGAGGCUGGCUUUAAGGCCAGUGGGGAUCGACUCUUUCAGCUUCUUCUCAAGGGAGUCCUCUACGAGUGCUGUGUGGAGUUCUGCCAGAGCAAGGCGACGGGUGAGGAGAUCACCGAGGGCGAGGUCCUCCUGGGUGUUGACAUGCUGUGUGGUAAUGGCUGCGAUGAUUUGGACCUGUCUCUGCUGUCCUGGAUGCAGAACCUCUCCCACAGUGUCUUCACUUGCGCCUUUGAACAGAAGCAGCUCAACAUCCACGUUGAUCGACUGGUCAAGCCGGCUAAGACCGGCUACGCUGACCUCCUCACUCCACUUAUCAGCAAACUUUCACCGUAUCCUUCCUCCCCGCUUCGGCGCCCUCAGUCUGCAGACACCUACAUGUCCCGCUCACUAAACCCUGCACUGGAUGGGUUGUCCUACGGGUUGUCUGGACAGGAUAAAAGAGCGAGUGGCGGAGAGAUGGUGCCAGGGAAAGGCGUCUCACCAAUGUCUCACUCGUUUGCCAACUUCCACUACCCCGGAGCAGGAGGACAGAACCUGAGCAGGAGUCUCAUGAUGGAGAGCUCUGACUGCCACAGCAUCUUUGAGGAAUCCCCUGAAACAUCCAGGACUGACACACCUGUGGAUAAGAUGAUGAACUCAGGUGGAGCUCAGAACACGCAUCCUGCCUCAGCUCCCUGUGAGGAUGCACCACCAGCUGGAUCUGCUGACAGGAAUGAGCUGCGUGAUUCAACGGAGAAGUACGAGGAGUUUUACCGGCAGCGACUUCGCGUGCAGCAGCACCUGGAGCAGAAACAGCAGCAGAGGCAAAUGUACCAGCAGAUGCUGCUGGAGGGAGGGGUCCAGCAGGAGCCCCCGCCCAACGAAAUGCAGAACAGCCUCACAGAGACAUUCCUCAACAGGUCCAUUCAGAAGCUGGAGGAGCUCAACGUGGGGAUGGAGAAUUUAGGAGAAGAGGUGAAGUCGCUCACCCAGCAGUGCAAUGGCAAUGGUAACACACCCACUGCUGAGGACAACAAUAACCCCCCGUCUGUGACGCCAGAGCAGAGCAGGAGCCGAGGGGGAGGGGUGGUCAGCAGCACCCCUCAGCGCUCCGUAGGGGGCCACACGGUCCCGCCUCCUAACGAAUCCCCUGUCGUCUCCAGUGGGCAGAAACCAUCAGGAGGGUCUCAGAGUGACUCUCCUGGGUCUUUAUCCAGAAGUCAAGAGGGUGAAAAACCUAAAGCCCUGUUUGUAGCCGUGCACACUUUAGAAGACACUCAGGCGGUCCGAGCCGUGGCCUUUCACCCAUCUGGAGCUCUGUACGCCGUGGGGUCCAACUCCAAAACGCUUCGCGUGUGUGCAUAUCCAGAAAAACUGGACCCAAGUUCGUCAAGUCCCAUAAAGCAGCCGGUCGUUCGCUUCAAGAGGAACAAACACCACAAAGGCUCCAUCUACUGUGCAGCCUGGAGCCACUGUGGGCAGCUGCUGGCUACAGGCUCCAACGACAAAUACGUCAAAGUCCUGCCUUUCAGUGCGGAGACGUGCAAUGCCACAGGGCCAGACCUGGAGUUUAGCAUGCACGAUGGCACCAUCAGAGACCUGGCCUUCAUGGAGGGUCCAGAAAGUGGAGGAGCUAUUUUGAUCAGCGCUGGAGCAGGAGACUGUAACAUCUACACCACCGACUGCCAGAGGGGACAAGGACUGCACGCGCUCAGUGGACACACAGGUCACAUUCUGUCUCUGUACACGUGGGGAGGCUGGAUGAUUGCCUCUGGGUCUCAGGAUAAAACCGUGCGGUUCUGGGAUCUCAGAGUGCCGAGCUGCGUGAGAGUAGUGGGGACUGCUUUCCAUGGUUCAGGCAGUCCUGUGGCCUCCGUAGCUGUCGAUCCCAGUGGCCGUCUCCUAGCAACAGGACAGGAAGACAGCGCAUGCAUGCUGUAUGACAUCAGAGGAGGACGGAUCGUCCAGGUGUAUCGGCCACACACCAGCGAUGUUCGGUCUGUUCGCUUCUCCCCCGGAGCGCACUACCUGCUCACUGGCUCAUACGACACCAAAGUCAUGGUCACCAACCUUCAAGGUGACUUGACCAAGCAGUUGCCUCUGACUGUGGUGGGAGAACAUGGCGACAAGGUGAUUCAGUGUCGAUGGCACACACAGGACCUGUCCUUCCUCUCUUCUUCUGCUGACCGCACCGUCACAUUGUGGACACACAACCCUUAACACUAACAUUGAAGCCAUUGAUAUAAUCUGAAAGACUUGCACACUCUCCUAAAACUAUCCUUCCCCAUUAAGUCCAGUCUUAACCAUCCAUCGUAUUUAAACACAAACAGGUGAAUGAGCCUUUCCCCUCCUGUAGGAAAGCA